GCUGAGCCCCGGAACCACUGGUCCGGGCUGCGGCGGGUCGGCGCGGCCUGAGGCGGACGGACAGGAAUAGAUUGGGGUAGGCGAGGAGGAGGAGGAGGGAAGGAAGGGGAUGUAGCACUGGCGGCGGGAUGAUGAGUACUAAGCAGGUGGACGUGAGAUAUUUUAUGCAUGGUGUAUGCCGUGAAGGAAACCGAUGUAUGUUUUCCCAUGAUUUGUCUACAAGCAAGCCAUCUACAAUAUGUAAAUUCUAUCAAAAGGGACAGUGUGCCUAUGGAGACCACUGCCGGUAUGAUCAUGUGAAAGGUCCCGGACCUAGAGUAGUGGGACCAGUGAUCUCGCGAGUCACCUGUACACCUGUCGUCCAUGAUGCAAUCGCUGAACCUGCUGCUGCAGAACAGACUGUGCCCACCAAAGUCACUGAAUCCGGAAGAUGUAAAAAGAAAACACUGGAGCUGAAAGAUCGAGACCUUUGCAACCGAACAGCAGAAAAAUCUAAAUUGUUUCCUUUCCCACCGUCUUACUGCAACACCACAAAGACUGCAUCACAUUUCUCUGACUCGGCAAUGUUUGCUUAUGAAGAUGUUCAAGUGAAGCCACCGUCAUACUUGGACGCAGUGCGCAGGGGACUGAAUGAUUCGGCAGCAGUAGACAGCAAUAAUUCUGCACAGCAGCUGUGCCCUUUUGCAGCAGCUGGUGAAUGUCAUUAUGGUGACAGCUGUUUGUACCUUCAUGGAGAUGUGUGUGAAGUGUGUGGACUGCAAGUACUGCAUCCAACUGACCUUGAGCAACGUAGAGCGCAUGAGCAGAUGUGUCUCAUUGCGUUUGAACAAGACAUGGAGAAAGCCUUUGCUGUACAAAAGAGUCAAGAUAAAGUCUGUAAUAUUUGUAUGGAGAUAGUCUAUGAUAAAGUAAUACCAUCUGAGAGAAGAUUUGGAAUCCUAUCUGACUGCAUUCACCCAUAUUGUCUGUCCUGCAUUAGACAGUGGAGAUGUGCAAAACAGUUUGAGAAUAAAAUAAUCAAGUCCUGCCCUGAGUGUAGAGUGGUAUCUGAAUUUGUGAUCCCAAGUGCUUAUUGGGUAGAGGAAAAGGAGGAAAAAGAGCAGCUCAUUGAAGCAUUCAAGCAAGGAAUGAGCAAGAAGGCUUGUAAAUACUUUGACAAAGGGAAAGGAUCCUGUCCAUUUGGUGGCAAAUGCCUUUACCUUCAUGCUUACCCUGACGGCACGAUGGCAAAGCCUGAGCAGCCAAGAAAGCAACUCAGUUCUGAAGGCAAUGUGAGGUUCCUUCACUCAGUACGAUUGUGGGAUUUCAUUGAAGAGCGGGAGCACAGGGAUGUUCCCCAGCACGCAGGAGAAGAUGAAGUGGCAGAGCUUGGUGAUCUUUUCAUGCAUCUUUCGGGAGCAGAUGAGCACACUGCAUCCAGUGAGAGCCAGUCUGAGCAGCCUGUUUCUGUAGUGUUGUAAGAUGAUAUAAACUAAAUUACAGCUGCUUCUGCUGAAACACACCACUGAUUCACCUAAGCAUGGAAGUGUGGUUCAAAAUUUAUGUUUGAACCAGAAUUGUUAUAAUGGGAACAAAUAGGACAAUGAAACUAGUUGAAUCAGGACUGUAUUUUGCAGGGUUCACUGUAUUUAAUUGUAAACUUAUUUAUGAAUUUGAAGUUUUUCCACUGUAGAGCACACUACCCAAUAUACAGGUCACAGCCCUUUGUCUGGUAGUAAUUUUCUUCUAGCUGUAAUUUUAAAAGGAAAUUGUUGUAAUAUUACCCGUAGUGAAUUAUCUUAGUACUAUAUACAUUGUAACAAAGGAAUGUCUCUUUUGUAGCUCAUCUGUAACAGAAGCUGCAGAAUGACCCUUUUCAUUCAUUUCCUGGGUUGAUGAACUAUAUAUUAGUGAUUCUCUGAGCUGGCUCCAGGAGAGCACCACAGUAGUCUCAGAUUGAUUCACUUUGUUUUUUCUUUCCCACUUUGAGGUAACUGACUUUUGGAUCCAGAAUACUGGUGACAGUGCAGUAAACCUACUUCCCACUACCAAAAUAUUUCUUGCCAAGGGAACAGAUGGGUUUGCUGUUGUCAGGCUAGUGUUAUUUUUUAACAUAAUUCUUCAAUCAAAACUAUAAUGAGAGAGGUUUGAAGUGACUUAACAGCAUUAACCCUCUCCUGAGCUCCUGAAAUAAAUAUUUCAAACCAAAUUGCUGUGUAGCCAAAGUACAUUUUUGUAUGAAGUAUUUUAAAUAUUAACAUUUCUGUUAACAAUGAAGGAUGGAAGAAAAUAUAUACAGAUCACACAAAGAUCCCAAAGUUGGAAACAAUUUCUAAUUAAUCUUUUUAAUUAAUAGAAUUUAGAAAAAUAGCAAUUUGGCUGUGAUUGUUGAAACUAAAAUACUAACAACAUACAAGAAUGUUGUCCUGAAUGAAAUUAGAUGAGCGGUCAAUGUUUAUGCAUUAAAAUUACUUUUAAUAAAUCUAGGAAGAGAUGGAUAAAAUGUUACGAUGAGUCACAAAGUACAGAUCAGAUUGCAGGACAGGUACAAAGUCUGAAAGUGAUGAGAAAAGGGUAAUCAUGUUGAACCUUAAUGUGGUUUGAAAUUAUUAUGAUUAAGAAAUUAUAAAAAGUACUGUAGCACAGGAAUGCAAAUCGAAUUAUAUUCAUAAUUAGUUCCAUUAAAUUUAAUUCUCUCCUCUUCCCUCCCCCCUGCCCGCCUGUUGCUAAAUGGGCUAUUUUGAUGUGAUAGACAAUCCCUAAUCCCACUUUGCCAUACUGAUUUAAGCAUGGGGUAACUAUAUAUUCACAAUCUUUAGUCUCUUAUUCCUCCCUCUUUCCACCCGUACUAAUUUACUCUACAAACAAAGCCUAUUUUAUUUGGCGGCAGGAUAUGUAUUUUGUGUGAAACUGCAGCCUAAAGCUCAAGUGUGAAAUACAUGAACCAUAGUCAUAUCACAGAAUAGGGAUUUGUCAAACAGUUGUGAAUGUCAAGAUUAGUCAUUAACCACACAGAUUUAAUGUUACAACACCAAGUCCUUUUUAUAUAAUUUACAAAGUGCAAAUUUAAAUGGUGAAACAUCAGUAUUAUGUUGUUUCCUCCUCCCCCCAAUCACUUUACUGGUUUUGUUUCCUCAAAUGAUAUUGAAAUAUCUUUCAAACUGAAAAUAGCUAUGAAAUUAUCCUCAAAUGGAGUUUGAGUUUUAUUGUACUUGCCAGAUAUUGGGUAAAGUUCUGUAUUUACAGCUGCCUGUUUUCUCCUUUGUGUAGUAGUGCUACUUUGAAUAAAAGUUUCCUAUAGAAGUAUA